AGAAAAUUUCCUAUAAUAUUCACAUUCCAUUUAUCAUUACUGCUUAUGACUAAAGACAUUCUGUAAGAAGCUUCAUCAAUAUUCACUACACAUUAAUUAGAAGACAAUAUAAAAAGUAUUUAAAAAUUUACGUAUGUCCACCAAUAUUUUAUAUUUGUGAACAAACGCAAGUUCUCGCUGAAAUCUUCAUGUCGCCGAACCCUCUUUUCGUAGCGUGCUCAAGUUUUGUCUUAGAAAUAUAUUCAAAAAUUUAAUUACAAGUUAUUCUACACUGAUUUAUCUAAUUCGAUGCCCUUGCAAUGCUUCUAGAAACCUCACGUUCAUCCUAAUUCCUUCCAUCUUCCAAGAACCGUGCCACUACUUGUGAGAUUGAAUCUUCAGCAAACUAGGAAGACUUUCAAUCGCAAGAAAUUACUGAAAUUGAACGUAUUUCUACAUAAAGUAUAUUGAAGCACUUCCAACUUUAGACCGAUUAUCCCUUUAUAUCUAUCGCACAACCCUCAUAGAAGCUUACCAAGGUGCGUUCGCUAUUCGGAAGAUUAACCAAGUUAGAUGUCGGACGAACAAGCAGUACCUAUAAUAUUGGAAAAAUUACAUAAAGAUACAUUCGAUCAUGAAGACGCCCUCCGAAGUCUGCUUCCUUCGACAACUUCCAUCGAGCAGUUGAAAUCAAUACGCGGGAAUUUAGUGGAACAAUUAAAUCGGUCGCAGGAUGAUUUAGGAUCUAUAAAAAAUGGAUAUAAUGAAUCCAAUAACAACUUACUGGCUCAGAAAAAUGAAUUCAACGUCACCGUCAGAGAAGUCGUUGGACAACUACAAUGUUUACACUUGACAGCUGAAGAUACUCAAUCGUCAAUCGUACAACUUACCUCGGAAAUUAAGAACUUGGAUGUUGCGAAAAAGAACCUUACUUCGUCCAUGACCUUACUAAAACGUCUGCAGAUGCUUGUGACAGCUUACGAAAAACUGCGGACUCUCAGACAAAACAGACAAAUAGGAGAAGCGACUUCGUUAAUGCUAGCUAUGUUGCAGCUAUUGCAAUUCUUUAAAAACUACAGAAGUGUUGAAAGGAUUGCUUCGUUAAGCCGAAACAUCACGGAGUUUCAACGAUCAUUCUAUGAACAAGUGUUUGAAAAUUUUCAAUUACAGUUUAAGAAAGCUAACAGUAUACGAGGAGGGUUUAAUGCUGCUUCAGUAGAAGGUCUGCAUGAGCUGUGUGGUUUCAUUGAUGUCAAUGGCCCAAAAUGCUCAAAUGCAUUAAAGGAUUGGUACUGUCAUCAUCAGUUGGAUGGAUUUUUUAAGGUAUUUCGGGAAAACGAAGAAGCUGGUUUAUUAGAAAAUUUUUCCAGAAGAUAUGACUGGUUUUUCAAACUUCUUCAAACUUAUGAUGAUCAACACGCUUUAAUUUUCCCAGCUCAUUGGAGGAUGGAUAUUCAGUUAUGCGUUUACUUUUGCAAUGAAACGAAAGCAGACUUAUCUAAGAUAUUAAAAGGAAAAGACAUUUCUUAUCCGGUAUUUUUCACUUCCAUCCGUCAAACAUUAGAUUUUCAGAAUGCAUUAAAAAAGCGAUUUUCUCAUGUUCUUAAUGAGCAUAGCCUAGAGGGAAGUAUUAAAACCCAGACUUUUCAGACGUUCGAAUCUCUAUCUAACGAAUUCAAUCCUUACUACAAAGUCUAUAUUGAGCAUGAAGCUAAACAAUUGGAAACACUCUUUAUUUCUUUUCCGUCGAAAGAUGAAACUUCAUCCGAAGAAUCUAACCAAAUACUUUCUUCUUCCAUGCAACUUUUUCAACUGUAUCGCAAAAUCAUGGGCCAUUUUCUUCAAUUUACCAGAGGCCCACCUCUAAUAGGAUUAAAAAAUUUAUUUGCUAAUUGGUUAAGGAGGUAUAUUGAAAUAGAACUUCUUGCAGACUUACAAUCACUUUCUUUUUCACAGUACGCCGUUCAUUUAAAUACUGCCGAGUACAUACAUCGAACAACCUUGGAGCUUGAAAAGCGAUUUCGGGAAGUAUGUCAUGCCGAUUUACUGGAGCAAAUGUCCUUUCAAAAAGUGAUCGACAACUUGUUGAACUGUAAAAGCUUGUUAAUUAAAUCCUGCACGAAGAAGUUUGAAAAUUCUAUAAAAACGAGUUUAGAACCUUUUGGAAAAAUGGAUCUAAGGAAUUUGGAUACUGUGGGUGAUCAGAGUAAUUAUGUAUCAAACGCCAUUCAUGAAAUGAAACUGAAUGCUGAUGAGUACCUGGGAACGAUUGAACAGAAUACGCUAGCUCGCAAUUUCUGUGAUCGGGUUUGCGAAUCUUUCACAAGGCAAUUUUUCUACUAUAUAUAUACGAUUAAACCGAUAUCUGAAAUCGGUGCAGAGCAAAUAUUACUGGAUUUAUGUUCGUUCAAGAAUUUCUUACUGAAGUUGCCCAGUAGCAAGCCUGAUUAUACGAUAACUGACAGCUACAUUAACCAUUUAACGAUUUUCAUGGGAUACAUUGAAACCCUGCUUAAAACUUUGUUGACUCCUUCUCUUCCAAAAGAAGGGAUUAUCCAAAGUUACCUUUUCCUAAUUAAAGACCGAUCGGUGUCGAAUUUUACCAUAAUAUUAGACAUGAAAGGAGUACCGAAAAGCGAACAAUCUAGUUAUCUUCAAUUAUUUUCUUCUUUUGUUUCCAAAAAGAAUGAUCUCUCCGACAAUUCUGCAAUCUUUUUGUAUUUAAACCCUUCAACAUAUACGGAUUUGAACAUACGGUCUCGUUUAUCACUUGAUUUAACACCGGAAGCAAGCAGUCGUACUUUACAGAGUCUAGGACGACUUUUUACCUCCAAGAAAAAAAAUGGUUAAUCUUUUGUUGCUAUCUAACGUCUUUUAGUCAUAGUUAAGUCUUUCAUGUUUUCAUGCUAUUAUUUUAUGAACAGCCUUUCGAUAAAACUUGCCCAAAUUUAGUAUGAUAUGUCUUUUUCAAACUACUUUAAGAAAAACUUUUAAUUUCUACAAAGCAACUGCUUCUACAAUUUAGAUUGAAAAAUUGGGCUGUUCUGGGAAUCGAACCCAGGACCACCAUCACCCUAAGAUGGUAUCAUACCACUAGACCAAACGGCCGCUGUUAUUUAGAACCCAAAUCAAAUCAAAACUAUACAGUGCUUUGGCAACACAUAAUGCACAGCUAUUGAGCAACAUCUAAAAAAUGUGAUUUUUCAUCAGAAAUAGUGGAAUUACCAAAAUCUUUUUGGCAGGACCUCUACGCGCCUACUCAGGUAAGAAUGUAAUUCCACUAUGCUCUGCUAGAAGAAUAUAUAUUUUCAUCCGGCUACAGAAAACUAUUAGCUAUGUGAUAGCCAUCAGAUGAAAACGCAAAAGGAUUCAAUUGACACUGUUUCUGACAAUAUUUAAAAUUGGAUAAAAAUUAUGAAUGAGCAAGAUAAAUGGCUACACCUUGGUACUCUUAGUCUUGACAUUCACUGAAGUGUAUACGUGGCUUAAAGACUUAAAUAAGUUUCAGAAGGUUAUUUUUAUUAAACAUAGUAAAUGUCUAAUAUGAGGGUAAGUAAAUUACAUGUCAGCGGAGAGGUAGAGGGUAAAAGAAGACGGUAAGUCAAAAUGAGCCUUCAUUUCCAGAACAAAAUAAUGCAAAACUCGAUAAUAUCUUUCGGAUUUUUUUGAACAUGAAGAUCACAACUUUAGGGUAUAUCCAAUGACAAAGCAAUACAACAAUGAAAACCUAUAAUCAAAUUUUGCUUUUCGAAGAAGAUGACAGAGAAAAAGACUCGCGACCAGCAAAGACGUAAAAUUGUAUACUUGAAUAAAAAAAUUAGCGAGUAAAAUAAUACUAGUCAAGGGAUCGCUGCAAGCGACAGAGAAAGAAGGGAAAAGAAGGCAGAUUAGGAAGCCAUAUAAUCAAAAAUGCAGAUUAGGUAAACUUUAGAAAAUGUUCGUCUAUCAUGGUAAUCAAUGAAGCGAUAGAAAAAUUUUUCAUUCCCAUGAUUAAAUAGCAGCACCAGCAGGAGCAGAAGAAGACGAGGAAGCGGGUUCUGGGAGGACGGGAGCAACGGGACGAUUUGCUUCUGCUUGCAUACGAUUCAAAGCGAUACCAAGACCCUCAAAAACAGCCAAAAUACAAGCACAUCCAAUAGCACCGUUACGGGUGGCUCUCCAACCACCACGAAUAGCUAAAGCACCACCAGUGAAAAAACCAGCAAUAAUGGCGUUGUAUGGAUCUUCCUUCCUUCGGACUCCCUUUACGGCGCAAUCGAAUGUACUGAAUAAACCACCCCAAACACCAAAGUUACCACCCAAUACAGGAGCUCUAGUUUUGGCGGCUGUGAUGGCGGAAAUGCGCUUUUCUCCCUAAAACGUAAAAAAUUAGUUUCUUUAAGCACAAGAAAAAACUUGAUGUGCAUGAAGUUGCUUUUGCCAACACGCAACCAAGGCGUAAAGAAACACGCUAAGAAUUCAUACCGCUGGACUAUUUCUCCAUCCUUUAAUAGAGUGCCAAAUAGCACCACCAAUAGUACCCAUGGAAAAGGCAGCACCAAAGUCAUUUAAAAUAACAUAAGGGCAGGGAUCUCUAGUAUGAUCAGCGCUCGCCAUUUUGCAAUUUUUGUUUUAAGUCCAAGGAAUUUUUUUUAAAGGAGUAACAGGUCUACGACACCAAAAAAUACGACGCCUACUAACAGAAUGCGGAACCAGAUUCGUCUCUGACCUUUUUCGUUGUCUGCUAAGGGCAAGUGUCUAAUCGGAACGGUUUGUCCUUUCUAGAUAAUGAAGUAGAACGCCUACGGUGAUCCGACAUAAUGAGUACACUGCAACACACUAUACCGUAAACAAAAGAAAAAGAUGAAUGGAAAAGGAAGAGAAUGAAUGCUUUUUGUUUGACAUUAGUUUGUCAAAGAAAAAAAAGGAGAAAAAGUUCAUGUAUAAGUCAAAAGACGGGUUGCUAAAAGGAUUAUCAAUAAAAAUGAGGAUACGAAAUAUAAAACAUAUUGAUUUUUAGUAUACAGUAGUGCUUUCUCUU